AUUAGAUCAUAGUUACCUAACGCAAUGAUUUUCACGAAGGAACUGUGUUAUAUUUUAAUUUUCAACUCCUUCAUUGUGGCUGUAACCAAGUCGCCGUGUGAACAAAGAAAUAAUUUGUUCAGCAAAGAAAUCGAAUUUGGUAAAAGAGUGUGUUUGUCGUGCCAACCAGGUCAGUACGUCAGUCAGUUCUGCACCACCAACAACACAAACUGGUGUACAACUUGUCCAAAUGGAUAUUACGUGAAGUACUGGAAUUUGUGUCGCAUUUGUGACGAAUGCACCAAAUGCCCCGCAGAAUUGAUGCUUACGGUAAAAAUGGAAAUAUUAUUUAUCAUAGUUUCCAAAAGCAAAUAAUUAUAUCAUUAUAAUAUAAUGGUUGUAAAAAAUGCUCUAAAAAAACUCAUUCUGUAGGGAACAGUCAUAUAGUAUGACUGAUCCAUGGU